AUGGCUUUUUCGUCAGGGCAUAAACAUUACAAACAAACACUCACCAUUUAUGUGCUCACCAUCACCACACCGCUUCCCGCCGCCGAACAAAUAGACAGGGAGCUAAUCUGUGGGAUAAAACAGAAUUGUUUUAUAAGCUUUGAAGCUGUGAUGGAAAACCCUUUGCAUUUGUACACAAUCAAAGUAGAAAUUCAGGAUGUAAAUGAUAAUUUGCCAAGUUUCUCAAAAAAUGUUUUUGACAUAGUAAUUAGUGAGGCAGCUAUACCUGGAGUACGGCUCAAUUUGGCACAUGCACAAGAUCCUGAUGUAGGUACAAAUUCUAUACAGGACUAUAAGAUUGAUGACAAUGAUCACUUUGAACUGGCAAUAAAAAUGAACAAAGAUGGAAUUAAAUCUCCAGAAUUAAUUUUACAAAAGUCAUUAGACAGAGAAAAACAAAGUAUUUAUCAAUUAGUUCUAAUAGCUUUGGAUGGAGGACAGCCUCCUAAAUCUGGAACUGCCCUUAUAAGGAUCAUGGUUCAUGAUGUAAAUGAUAACUUUCCCAAAUUUAAUAAAGACACAUAUGAGAUUAGUGUAAAUGAAAAUGCACCUAUUGGUUUCUUAGUUCUCCAGCUGACUGCUGUAGAUGAAGAAGAAGGUUCAAAUGCAGAAAUAUCAUAUUCAUUUCAUGACAUUCCUGCAACUUUAGAUUUAAUUUUUAGCAUAGAUCCAGUAAAUGGAAAUAUUAACAUUAAACAAAACUUAGACUACGAGCUUACAGACAGAUAUGAUUUAACUGUGGAGGCCAAAGAUGGUGGUGAACUAACUGCUCACUGCAAGAUCUCAAUUAAUGUUACUGAUAGUAAUGACAAUGCUCCUGAAAUAACUAUCACUUCACUAUCAGCUACAAUUGCAGAGAAUUCUCCACCAGCUACAAUCAUAGCGCUAAUUAAUGUUAAUGAUUUAGACAGUGGAGAGAACGGAGAAGUUGUUUGUGAAAUCUCUAAAACUGUACCUUUUCAACUAAUCCCCUCAUCUGCCAAUUAUUAUAAACUGGUAACUACAAAAAAUAUUGAUAGAGAGAGAAUCUCUCACUAUAACAUAACAAUAAGGGCUAUGGACAAUGGAUCUCCUGAACUUUCUACCAACAAAACCAUUCAGCUGACAAUAUCAGAUGUCAAUGACAAUCCACCUAUUUUUGAGAAGAGAAGUUAUGUUGUCUAUGUCCAGGAAAAUAAUCCACAAGGGACUUCGAUACAUGUUGUUCAUGCAACUGAUUAUGAUAUUAAUGAGAAUGCUAAAAUUAUUUACUCUGUACUUGCUUAUAAAAUAGACGGUAUCCCGCUAUCUUCAUAUGUUUCCAUUAACUCAAUGACUGGAGUUAUAUAUGCUCAGAGAUCAUUUGACUAUGAACAGCUGCGGGAAUUUCAGUUCCGGGUGCUGGCUAAAGACAGCGGAUCUCCUCCUCUAAGCAGUAAUGUCACAAUAUGUAUCAUUGAUAAGAAUGAUAACACUCCUAAGAUUCUCUACCCAUCCCCAGACACUGAGGGAUCAGCAUUGUUUGAACUUAUUCCACACUCUGCUGAGAAAGGUUAUCUAGUGACCAAAGUGAUUGCAGUGGAUGCUGACUCUGGGCACAAUGCCUGGCUCUCCUAUCACUUUCUACAAGUUCCUGAUCCUUCUUUAUUUACCAUUGGCCAGCAUAAUGGUGAAAUCAGGAUAGGACGAGACCUUCUAGACAUGAAUUAUUUUAGGCAAAAGAUUGUGAUAUUGGUAAGAGACAAUGGCGUCCCAUCCUUGUCAUCUACUGUCACAUUGAAUUUGGCUGUUGCAGAAAACUUCCAACAAGUUGCUCCAGAGAUAAAACGUCAGCCAAGUAAUUCAGAUUAUUCAUCUAAUAUGACUUUCUACCUAGUAGUUUCCAUUGCUCUGAUUUCCCUUUUAUUCAUUGUGACAGUAAUAGUCAUAGUCAUUUCUAAGUGCAGAAAAUCUGAUGUCUCAACAUCUUUAUCAACUCUUCAUAGAAAUGUGUAUCCUCAGUUCACACUGGGGUGUCCUUCUGAGAUCAGUGAUAGAAGUUUACCAUUUCCUUUUUCAUAUGAUGUUUGUGUGACUCUGGACUCAAGGCAAAAUGAAAUUGCUUAUCUCAAACCAGUCCAGGAUGUCCCCACAGACAAUCUCAUUAACACUGAUAAUUCUGCAGUUACAAGUGAUCAACCAAUAUACAGGUUCCAAGAAACUAGUGCCACACAGACCUUAAAUCUAAGUGCAUCUUUAUUUAGAUUGUAUCUCCCACCAGAAGAAAAUGAACAACCUCCUCCAAUUACUGCACAGCACAAAUCUGCAGAACAAGACAUAAUAAAGGAUUUUUACUCAUGUACCUGCAACUUGGAUUAUUCUGCUGAAAGGAAACAUUUGGAAUUGCAUAUUUCAUUUUAUCACUUUGGAUCAAAAGAAGCAGGAUUCUAA